CAGUCGCCAUGUAGAAUUUUUUGAUGUGGGUGUUGUGUCUUGGGACGUCAAACGCUUCAAUGAUUAUUAUUUUCAAGUGGACAUUAAUUUUAGUGUAAAUCGACAUUUGACUAUUCGUUUAUUGUUAAAAGUGUAUUCGGUGAACAAUUAGACAUAUUGCUUUGUGAUCGUGAGCCAUCUAAUCUGGUGACGGCAGAUAAUAAACUGGAGGGGGGCUGCUAAAAUACUACGAUAGGAUAGUAACGACGUUUUACAACUCGAGAGCGCUCAUAAAAUUUCUCAUCUCGGUGCGGGCGAGUCGGACUUCCAUUUUGUUUUAUUAUGUGGUUUGGUUGUUUACACUGUGCGUCGCGUUGUGGACAAUGGAAAGCGACGGCGGUUACCCGCGCGAUGAGUGACCAGUGGUAGCGGGAGGCGGUGAUGCAGCGAGCGCACGCGGGCGCAGUCCCGCAUUCGCAGGCCUCCGCCACCGCUCCACACGUACGGACGCACUCUUACGCUGAUAUUGAUGAUCAGAUACCUGCUUCGGUGAUAAGUAGCGUAGGCACAGUGAGCCUGUCUCAAUCAUCGACGCAUCCUACUACCAACAUAACUAUGGCGAACCCUACGAACCUGGGUAACGCCAGCAGCGGUAACGCUCAGCCGGCUGCACAGCAAACACCGACACAGGCGCCUGUGCGCAACUUGCCCAAGAAACGGAAAUUCGACCCCUCUGUUCUGGAAGAAAUGAGCUCCAACAACAACACAGUGAACGCUCCCCUUCCAGUAGAAUACCAGCCGCAGUAUCAGCAAUCUGUGCUGCAGCCCUCCCCAAUCAUCCAGCACUCGUCCCCGCCUUCAGAGCUCAAGUCGUACAUCACAUACCCCAACAUCGACUUGUCUGAAUGGCGGGACCACAGGGUGCUGGCGAAACAGCGCGGCCUAUACGUUCCGGGAGUGAUCCGUCAAGCUGAAGGUUGUAAAGUGAUAGUGGAACUCGACGGCUUGGAGAGCGAGCCUGUAGAGUACAGUGACGUGUUCGGUGUGAAUAAAAACGAUGUGAUCAGUGACGCGAGCCCCCAAAUGAGCCAUCUGCUCAUGGGGUCGCUGUGUGUCGUGAGGACUACGGACGCUAAUCGGGAGAAUGUGCAAAAUGUUUUCGUUGAAGGUCUCGUCUACGAAGUGCUUAAUUCUCCUAUAAGGAUCAGAGUUAAGGUUUCUGACGGAGAUCUGUGCAAGGAGAUGGUGGAAGUGAAACGUGCAGACAUCAGGCUGUUGCAGCCUCCUUGGGCGGAUGAGUUGGAGGACGCUGGCACUCACGCCGCGUCCUCUCUACACCCCUCCCUUCGUAUACAUCAUGUGCCUACACAGAUGGGCGGCGAUAACUUCUACACGUCGUCCCCCAUGCCCGGCGCGGGCGCAGGCGGCGUGGUGAACGUGGGCGCGUUGUCCAACGGCUCUAUAGACGACCUGCGCAAGCGACCGCCCUUCGACGACUACGGCGAGAGUGAUGAUGAUCUGCGCAGGGAAGAUAUCAUGUUCCCCGCUGAUGUUUCGCAUAUGGCAGAUUGCAGCAACAGCAAGCGCAGCAGUCUUCAGAGCCGAGGCAGUACCUCCAGUUUGUUGGAGCGCAGUCUCACACCCAGAUCUCAACCCCCUACUCCUAGAUCUCAAGCGGCAACCCCGCACAAAUACAAGAAGGGGGACGUAGUAUCAACCCCUACUGGUAUCAGGAAGAAAUUUAACGGCAAACAGUGGCGACGGCUAUGUUCCAAGGAUGGCUGUACCAAGGAGAGUCAGCGCCGUGGAUUCUGUUCUCGUCAUCUGUCACUGAGGGGAGUCACUCGGUCCUCUAAUACCCCACUGGCUCAAGGAUCUGCUCAUACGCCGCAGCAGAGGAGUAGCAGUAAGUCACUGUCUUCAAGUGGCACAGGAGUCGAGGGUGACGAGACUUCGAGGGAAUCCGACACUACGCCCCCACACUACCGCGUGACGGGCCGCUUCGAUUCCGAUGAAACUGAGGCCGCUAAUAUGCUGGUAUCGCUGGGCAGCUCCCGGUCGGGCAGCCCGGGUGCUUCGCCAGUGGGCGGGGGCGGGUCCCCCGGCCUGCGCAACAAUCUGUUCGUGCCCAUCUCCUCGCCGCAGCCGCAGCCCCACCACCCGGCGGCGUUGUACCAUCAUCAUCUUAUCAGGCCAGAACUAGUCCGACCUAGCAGAGUGAACUCCCCAGUUGGCGGCGUUGCUACCAGCGUCAUCAGAGUUUCACCAGGACCUAACUACCAUUACCAGACAUUUGUUUCUCAGGUUGAGAACAGAAACGGGCCAACAAUCGUCCAAACUAACAACGUAUCUCAGUCGAACGUGAUCGGCGUACAAACCUCAGGGUUGAACUUACAAAACACUAUACACACGAGUAUAAAUGCUACGACUACUCUCUCCAGCUUGACUCUACCUUCAAGUAUAUCGCUUAACUUGAAUAACUUGAGCACUCAGAGCUUACAGACAAGUAUUGCCAACACUAUCCGCAGUACCAACGAGUUAGCACACAACCUCAUUGUUCCCCGAACUAUUCCGACAUCAAACGGUAUAGACGUCGAACAGAUCUACCGAACCCAACCGAUCCAUAGGAACGGCAUCCACGACACAUACCGCCGCGACACGGAAAUGUCGCCCCCAUUAAAUAACCAUGAAAAUUUUCUGAAUAGAAGAGUCUCGGAGUACGACGAUAAUGAUCAUUCAGUGUCGCAGAGAGAGAAUAAUAUACUCCGCAAUGUUAUCGAUACUCGGCCCCCAGAACUAUCCGAGACUCGCGUAUUGGAAGACAAUAAGAGGAUUUUGAAGCCAGCGCCCUUGCAAGCGCGGCUGUUGUCUGUGGUCGAACCGGAUGUGAAAGACCCAGUAAAGAGAUACUACGUCACUAUGGUUCCUCAGAGUACUACAGAAAAGAAGUAUGUGUUUAUAAAAAACGAGCCUGCGGAGACUGUACAAAUAGAGCAACGGAUAAACCACCUGACUCAACAGCUGAAUAACAACGACCCGGAGCCGGAACACCGGACUUUAGAUAACGGCGAUCAUGUGAACAACGUGAACAGCAGUGCAGUAAUAGUGCAUCCUAACCAGUUACUACCGGUUCUGCCGCCGCCUACGUCACACACGAUUAUCGUAUCAGGCAACACAUUUCCCUGGCAGUCUCUAGUGCCCCUCCUCAGCGGGUCCCCUCCCCCCGCGGGUGGCGCGGCCCCGGCGCCCGCGGCUCCGCCGUCCCCGCGCACGCCGCGCACCCCGCGUACCCCGCACACGCCGCACACGCCGCACACUCCGCACACGCCGGCGCCGCUCAUCAAGACAGAAGAUCAGAUCAAGACUGAGGCUAAUGAUCCGCCGAUGUGCAUGGAUGAAGACGACGAAGUGUUCGAGUCUGAAGACUCCGGAGUCGGCGGAGAUGACUCCAGCAAGCGACCCUCACAGAACACCUCCGCGCUUAACUCCCCUGCUACACAGGAAAAGAAGGAGCGUCGCAUCCGUCGUCCAAUGAACGCGUUCAUGAUAUUUUCAAAGCGCCACCGACAGAUCGUGCACCAAAUGCAUCCGAAUCAAGACAAUCGCACUGUCAGUAAGAUUCUUGGCGAGUGGUGGUACUCACUCAAGCCUGAAGAAAAACAGAAGUACAACGAGCUUGCUAGCGAGGUCAAAGAAGCUCACUUCAAAGCUCACCCAGAAUGGAAGUGGUGCAACAAAGACCGCAGGAAGUCUUCUAGCAGUAAAGAUCCUUCCGGAUCUAUGCCACAGAGUCCCCGAACGCCAUCGGAGGUGGUAAGCAGCGGAUCUCUGACGAUCAACUCGGACUUGCCCGUGCCGGUCGCUACUUACGCCCAUAUGGGAUCGCCGCAGCUCAGUGACGAUGAGCAAAUGCCAUCUCAACCGCUAGAGGAACCGCCGCCAGCGGUACAGAACAUAGAGAUUGACCUCAAAUGCGGAGAGAAGGUCACAGACUCGGACUCCGAAGGAUUGGACACGAGGGACUAUUUGCCGUCACACCACGACCAUACUAGAAGGCCUAAACCUAUUAAAGCUAGAGCUGGUUCGUCAGACAAUCUUCUUGGAGGAAUAACAGCGUCGAGUCCGGGCGGGCCUAAAGGCUUCCAGCCCACUGGCGGUGCCUUCAAAUCUACUCACGCCGAUACCGGUGAAAGCCACAGACAAUGGACAGCAUUCACACAAAUCAACAAGCCUCUACUGAACCAAGUGCCGAGUUCCCCGCACCCGACGUCCGUCGCGUCCAGCACGCAGAGCCUGACACACAGCGUGCAGGGCAUCUCGCUCAGCACGCCCAACCUGUCCACUCAGGCGGCGCUGGACAACGCCAUAGCGUCCAUCAUGAACUCGCCUACCUCCACGUGUGGAGUGCAGGUGAUAUCAAGUGGCAUGUCGAACACGAUACCGACGCCGACAUCGACGCCGCUGACGUCGACACUCAGUAACCCCGUGCUCAAAAGCUUCACACUCGUCAAGAGGAGUAUCGGUGAUAAUUCGCCUUUAUCAGUUGUGCCAGGCCCGCUGACCCUCUCGCUGGACGCUUCGGGCAACCUGCUGCUGAAGCCGAGCCAGGCCACCGACAGCCCCGCGUCCGACUCCAUGCACUGCGUACAUCUGCAGAGGCUAUAUGUGCCAACCUUCAGUACUGAAGUAGAGACCCCGAAGAACAACAGCCAGGGCGUGCAAAACGUGCAGAACGUGCAGAAUGUGCAAAGCGGACAAUCCGUCAUAGUGUCGCAGACUAACACCACUACUGCGCCUAAAACUACCACGCAAUGGGAAACCCCGGUGGAAGAAACCAGACCAUUCCCGCUGGCGCCCACUCCUGCGCAACUCGGCAGAGCCCCGCUACAGAAGAGACUUAGUCGAGGAACGUCAACGGGCUCAACGGGCAGCAACGAGCCAGCGACUUCCACAGCCAGUAGCAGCGGCAUCAACGUGCCUCGUUCGGAAGCCGGCGUCAACAAUGGCGCCAUCAGCUCUGAUGACGCGACUUCUCCUAAGCAGCCAAGUGAUCUGCCCAGCCCGUCGCAUAAGAAGAGCCUGUUUAAGAAGAGGAAUGAGGAUGGCAGGGAUAAGGUCCUGGAGACGGUGAACUUCGAGCACAAGUUCAGCACGCUGCCGCAGUUCAAGCCCGAGGCCUGCAGCCCAAGCGCCAUGGUGGUGCCGCGCAGCCCCCAGCUUUACAUGAGGAAGAAACAUAACAAGAUGGAGGAAGAGAACACAGCAGUAACGCCGCAACUGGAGCCAGAAGUAAUGAACGGCAACGGUAUGCCGACGCCGCACUCCUACGGCACUCCACACACGACCACCAACAAACUCGUUGGGAACACCUUCUUUGGACCCGACUUUAACUUGGAUACUUAUAGAGUAUCGGAAGGCAUGGAGGAGAUGUCCCCGCGCACGCCGUGCUCGGGCAGCGCGCGCGGCGAGGCGGGGCACCGCCGCGUGCUGGAGCAGCGCCGCCACCUCGUGCUCAAGCUCUUCCACGAGCACGGCAUGUUCCCCACCACGCAGGCCACCACGCACUUCCAGGCUACACACAUGGAUAUUUUCCCGACUAAAAUGGCUCUACAGUUAAAGAUUCGCGAAGUGAGACAGAAACUGAUGGCUCAGUCCAACCUUACACCCCACUCCGAAGUGAACACGCCUACUAUUCAGUAAAUUCUCCAAUCGCAUCAGCGCCUAUGCAGCCGACUUCGACGGCCAGUUAGCGAUGCGGGUACACCAUCUCUAUCAUUGUACGAGAGUAGGACCACUUGGUGUUUAGCCGUUCAUAGUACGUACACAGACGCAUAAACAUGUGUUACCUGCAUGACAACUUUUAGGUAUUGCCAGUUCAAAAAAAGUACUUAUGUCAUUUGAAUUUUAGAACUUCAAUUUGAGAAUGCCUAAAUCGUAUUCUGUGAACGGCUGAAUAUCUUAGUGGACCUCGAAAUGAUGGAGUUGACGCGAAAGGUUUCGUGAUGGUAAAUGCAGAAGCAUUUAAUACAGUGAUUAGAUUAACGUAUAGCUACUCGUUUAUAGUAUUUUAUUAUUAUUCAGAAGUACUUUUUUAAUUAAUAAAAGUUUAAAAAAUCAUAAAAAUUAAUUGGUAAUGUUAAGUCCGUGAGAAUUGGCGAUGCAUGGUCUAAUUGAUUCGUUGAUUUAAAUCUAUGUUUAAAGUAGUUUUUAUCUAAAAAUAACAGUGGUACUAAUGGUUUGUUUCCCUUAUCCAUAGUAUCUUAACCAAUAUUGUUUCCUGUAAAUGUAUGAGCGCACUAUGCAGUCAGGCCGUAGCUACCCUGACCACUCGGCCGGCUGCCUAGCGCGACUGCCGCAUAAGUGAGUAAACGCAGUGAAAAGGUUAUGAGAUAUUCAUAUCUAGUGUUUUACAUUACAAGUAAUACAAAAAAGCAAAAAAUCACAAAAAAAUACCACUUCUCUCUUCUUCUGAGGAUACUUUAAAGCCGAGCUUUGUGAAAAAGUUACAUAGUUAAAAGUUUUCAACUAUAUUAUCACUUUAAGGUAACCUCAGAUCAAUAGAUACAUAUCUUUAUUCGCUUUUAAUUGGUUAUUUUACUAAUAGAUCAUUUUAUUUCAUUGUUUAGAGCACAUCGUCAUUAUGGGCACGAUCUCAAUUAUUAUUUGUAUAUUUGUAUUAAGUACUUUUGUUAGUGAGUGCAGUAUGUCUGAAAUCUGUGUUGUUGCAAUACCAAUUACUUUGCAAGAAUUCUGCAAAAAUAAACAUUUAUACUGAAACAAAAUAUAGUAGAUUUCACAUCAUUGAAUUGGCUGUAUUUGUCUUUUAACGCUCAAAAGUUCUUUAUUUGCUUAAUUCGUUUAAUUAUUGUGUGAAGCCAUUAAAUAUUUCGUAACAGUCCCAGUUGAAUUUCGUUGCAAUAUAAGAAUAAUUUUAUUAAAAUCAAUAAAUAUUUUAGAGUUAUAUAAUAAUAUUUGCAAUUGAUAUAUUAUAUUUACUUCAGAUUUGUGUGUGUUUAUCGAGAGAUACGGUUUUAUUUAAAUGUUGCCUUCACUCAAUUGGAUAUUGAGCGAGUUGCGUGUAAGAGUGUCUUAUGGAAGUUCGUUUGUUACGAAUUGAUUUAGUGAUUAAUGUGGUCUCUAUCAAACAUAGUCAGCUGGUAAUAUAGUUAUCGAUAAACUAUGACAGAAUAAUGCUCAUUUGCCGUAUUCAAUAUCUGAGAUUAUGAUCGACGUUAACAGCGAAAUAUUUGUCAUGUCGUUGAUAAAUGCAUUUAAAAUAACUGACACUCAGGUGUUCCUAUCAUAAAUGGCAAAAUGUUGAAACUAUCCAAGAUAGUAUACAAGUUGUGCUUACAUAGAGACCUAAAUAAGUGAUAUGUUUUCUGCGACGCAUAGUGAGUGAGAUGUGUGAACAUUAUGCGAGUAGUUGUGAGGUCAAGCAAGGAACUUUGGUGCGAACAUUUUCACUAUCGUUUAAGUCUCUAUUAUUUUGUAUUGUUUUCUAUUUAUGUUGUGAUGUUGGUCUUCCAAGUGUUUCAAAUUAUUUCAUUUUAUUAGAUUAAUAUCUACUUAUUUAAUAUUGUACGUUGUACAGUGGUUUAUCGAGGGAGUUGUCGAGUGUUAUGAUACACAAUGUAUGCCGUGUUCGAGUGAAUCAUGUGAGUGACACAAAUUGUAAACAUUUUAAUAAUAUUAUUAUUACUCUUUCUGUCAGUAAACGAUCGACGUAGCGAUCCAUUUUUGAAACAUAAUGCUAUGGUUUACAAAAAUAGCUCAAAUCAGUAACGACACUAGAUAAAUCAAUAUUUAUAUUAUAUAAUCUCAUUGUAAAUAUUAGUCGUAUUGUAUACUAGCACUAAGUAUUCCUGGCUCUCAAAGUAAUUAAGGUUUUAUUUAGAUAAUACUAAUUAUAUUAUAGAUAAAAAGAUAAAUAUAUAAUUUAUACAUGUGAAAUUUCGGCCAAUACAAAUGUUAUGUAUAUCAAAAUUGUAUUUUUUAAAUGAUCUCUUCGGCGUUAAUAGUAUUUAGAUAAUUGCUUUAGGAGUCCGGAAGUGAAAUGAAUUUAUUAAAGGUAUAAAACUUAAGAGAUAUUUUCGCACGGUUAAAUAUUGUAUCUCGAUAGGCAUGUAGUCGGGGUGUGUUCCAAAACUCGUCAGUUGUUCUAUUUAAACUUAUGUAUGGUAACACAUUCAGAUAAAAUUUACUGCUAUCAUUCUCACUUCUUGUAUUGUUCAAGCUGCCAAUGCUAAACUAGCGAGCUUUGGUACGCAACCCCGCGUAGUCAAUUCAUCAUAAUCGUCAUUGUUGUCAUACAUUAACUCAUAAAUAAAUAAUAGAACUUUUGUUACCAGUUAGAAGUUAUAUACACAUAUGUUUUUGUCCUUAGUUCGAAUUAGUUACAUAUUCGACCUAGACGUUGUUACGUACCACGUGUAUUUACGACUACAAUAAACUUUGACAUGCAAGUUGAGGGAAGCUGGGUAAUUAAUUCAAAGUAAGGACAAGCGAUAGGCCUCUUUUCUUAAUCAAUGGAAUAACUAUAACUUUGACUCACAAUAACACCCAUAUAAUUAUUAAGAUUGGUUUUCAAUUUUACAAUAUAUGAAUAUAAUAGAAAUAUAAUUAUUUACUAAUCAAUAUAUCUUAUAUGGCAGGUGAAUCAUCCCGAGCUAGUGAAAAACUGUUGGUUUUCCCUUCGAGCGUUCAAUUACGAAACGAUUUCGAUUCGAUUAUUUACGAAAUUAAGUUUUAGGUUCAUAUAUUUUAUUUUUCAGCACUACAACAUAUAUGUUUUCAUAAAAUUUCAUACAAUAUGCUACAACCAUUUCAAUUUAUAUAAAUAUUUUCAUGAAUAGACACUGGAGCUCAGUAAAAGCAAGUUGCAUUUAGUUGGUAAACGUAUAUGAAAUUUGUAUGAAAGCAUACAUGGUGGUUUAUUUACACACUUUGUUGCAAUAUCUAAUAAAUAUAUUAUAAAAAAUAGAAAUUUUCCUCCAUGGUUUAUCAUUGUGAUGGUUUGUACUAAAUGUUUCAAUUUGUUUUUAAACUGUCCAUAUAAAUUUAAGUUUGCCUCUUGUUGAAAUAAUUAUAGUUUUGAUGGUAUGUUGAGAUUUGAGUGAAUGAUUUUUAAGUGUGUUAUAGUAAUAACAAAUAUGAAAAAUCUUAAUGGCUGCAUAUUUCUAGUGCCUUAUUGACUUUCAAAUCUUAGUUCAUACUCAUUUGUGACACUGAUGCAUACCUACUCGAUGCUUUGGAUUUAAUUCUCGUCUCUAGGCUUUGUCAGUCAAUAAACAACAGGUAAUAGGCAGUUUUACUUUAUUAGACUGAAUUAACUAUGUUGCAUAACAAGUUAAAUGUUAUAUUUUAAGAAAUAUUAGCAAUUAUUUCGAAAGGACAUUUUAAAUAAAGCAUUUCAUAUUCGUUAUUUAUUUCUUCUACAUAAGCUAUUAGUGUAAUUGUUUAGUCAAAAUGGUAAAUGUAAAUAUCUUGUUUAGAUGAUUUAUUUAGAUUUUAAGUGUUCAAUUUAAUGUAUAUUAGAUUGAAUUAGAGACAAAACAAUCAUAAGUAAAAAAUGAAUAUCUGAAUCAGUAACCACUUUUACAUGAGCAAGUUUUUUAAAUGUUUAUGAAUCCAACUAAUGGACCAAUAAGUGGCACUUUAAAUGUAGACAUUGUAAUCAACAACAAACCAACUGUGAGCAGGUAAUAGAAAACCAACCCAUAGUGUUGUGGACAGUUUGUUCAAGCAUAUUGGAUCAUUGUAUGAACUUAUGUUAAAACAUAAAAACCUCGAAAACA